ACUGUUCCUACCGCUACCGCCGCCAACACAAUCACAGCCACCGCAGCCUUGGCCUCUGGGCAAGUCGUGUUGAGCAGCGGCUUCUCCGGUGUCCAGACCAGACAGGAACGCCUUACUGGGCUUGCUCCGUACCCUACCGGUGCCUGGCAGCCAAGCAGCAACCACCACAACCGACCCUGAACGUGGUGUCUCGCUGGAUCUGAGCUUUCUGUGCACGUUAAGUCCCUCGGGCCCCAGCGACCCCUUGUCACUAUGCCUCAGGCGACCGCUCUUGGCACCCUGGUGCUACUGUUGCUGCUACCGCUACUCCUCCGUGCUGAAGUGACUGGGGACCACUCGGAUGUCGCGUUGGAUUACGGGGCCUUGGAAGGCGAGGAGGGCACGGAGCAGGAGCAGCAGCUGCAAUACCACGACCCCUGCAAAGCUGCUGUCUUCUGGGGAGAUAUCGCCUUGGAUGAAGAUGAUCUCAAGUUAUUUCACAUUGACAAGGCUGAAGACUGGACCAAGCCAUCCAUGGAAAGAAUGGGACACGACACUGGUGGCCUUGAGGAAACAUCUGCAAGGUGGCCAAAUGAUACAGCCUCUAACAGCAGCAUCCAGGCACUAAGAAAGGAUGGCAAGGAUAGCACCACACUUCUGCCUGGCCCUGGGACCUCAAACACCACCGCUAAGACCUUCUCUGCUCGGGUCCGAAGAGCUACAACCUCAAGGACAGAGCGGAUAUGGCCUGGAGGGGUCAUUCCUUAUGUCAUCGGAGGGAACUUUACUGGCACCCAGAGGGCCAUUUUCAAACAGGCCAUGAGGCACUGGGAGAAGCACACCUGUGUGACCUUCAUAGAGAGGACAGACGAGGAGAGCUUCAUUGUUUUCAGUUACAGGACCUGUGGCUGUUGUUCCUACGUGGGACGCCGAGGAGGUGGCCCUCAGGCCAUAUCCAUUGGGAAAAACUGUGACAAGUUCGGCAUCGUGGCUCACGAGCUGGGCCACGUGGUUGGGUUCUGGCACGAACACACUCGGCCAGACCGAGACCAGCAUGUCACCAUCAUCAGAGAAAACAUCCAGCCAGGUCAGGAGUAUAAUUUCUUAAAAAUGGAAGCCGGCGAGGUGAGCUCUCUGGGAGAGACCUACGACUUCGACAGCAUCAUGCACUAUGCCCGGAACACCUUCUCAAGAGGAGUUUUCUUAGACACCAUCCUCCCCCGUCGAGACGACAAUGGCGUCAGGCCAACCAUUGGCCAACGCGUGCGGCUCAGUCAGGGAGAUAUAGCUCAAGCCAGGAAGCUGUACAAAUGCCCAGCGUGUGGGGAAACACUACAGGACACAUCAGGAAACUUCUCUGCACCUGGUUUCCCAAAUGGCUACCCCUCUUAUUCCCACUGCGUCUGGAGGAUCUCCGUCACCCCAGGGGAAAAGAUCAUCCUAAAUUUCACCUCCAUGGAUUUGUUUAAGAGCCGCUUGUGCUGGUACGAUUACGUGGAGAUCCGGGAUGGUUACUGGAGAAAGGCCCCCCUGUUGGGGAGGUUUUGCGGCGAUAAGGUUCCUGAGCCCCUCGUCUCCUCGGACAGCCGGCUGUGGGUGGAAUUCCGUAGUAGCAGCAGCAUCCUGGGCAAGGGCUUCUUCGCUGUCUAUGAAGCCAUGUGUGGGGGAGACAUAACUAAAGAUGCGGGCCAGAUUCAAUCUCCCAACUACCCUGACGACUACAGGCCUUCCAAGGAAUGUGUGUGGAGAAUCACAGUAGCAGACGGGUUUCAUGUGGGGCUUACCUUCCAGUCCUUUGAGAUUGAAAGACAUGACAGUUGUGCAUAUGACUAUCUGGAAAUCCGAGACGGUCCCACAGAGGAGAGCGCCCUGAUUGGCCAUUUCUGUGGCUACGAGAAGCCAGAGGCUGUGAAAUCCAGUGCCAACCGACUAUGGGUGAAGUUUGUGUCGGACGGCUCCAUCAAUAAAGCAGGCUUUGCAGCCAGUUUCUUCAAGGAGGUGGAUGAGUGCUCCUGGCCAGACCAUGGUGGGUGUGAGCAGCGCUGUGUAAACACACUCGGCAGCUACACGUGUGCCUGUGACCCUGGCUACGAGCUAGCUGCUAACAAGAAGACAUGUGAAGUGGCCUGUGGUGGAUUUAUUACCAAGCUAAACGGCACCAUCACCAGCCCUGGAUGGCCGAAGGAGUACCCCACAAACAAGAACUGUGUCUGGCAGGUGGUGGCCCCCAUGCAGUACCGCAUCUCCCUGCAGUUCGAAGCAUUCGAGUUGGAAGGCAAUGACGUUUGUAAGUAUGACUUCGUAGAGGUGCGCAGUGGCCUGUCCCCAGAUGCCAAGCUUCAUGGCAAGUUCUGUGGCUCCGAGACCCCGGAGGUCAUCACAUCUCAGAGCAACAACAUGCGCGUGGAGUUCAAGUCCGACAACACCGUCUCCAAGCGAGGCUUCAGGGCUCACUUCUUCUCAGACAAAGACGAGUGUGCCAAAGACAAUGGCGGCUGCCAGCAGGAGUGUGUCAACACAUUUGGGAGCUACCUGUGCCGAUGCAGGAAUGGGUACCGGCUGCACGAGAACGGACAUGACUGCAAAGAGGCUGGCUGUGCAUACAAGAUCAGCAGUGCAGAGGGAACCCUGAUGAGCCCCAACUGGCCUGACAAAUACCCCAGCCGGAAGGAAUGUACCUGGAACAUUUCAUCAACUGCAGGCCACAGGGUGAAAAUUACAUUCAGUGAGUUUGAGGUUGAGCAGCAUCAGGAAUGCGCCUACGACCACCUGGAACUGUAUGACGGGACGGACAGCUCGGCCCCCAUCCUCGGCCGCUUCUGUGGCAGCAAGAAGCCGGAUCCCGUGGUGGCUACAGGCAGCAGCCUGUUCCUCAGGUUUUACUCAGAUGCCUCGGUGCAGAGGAAAGGUUUCCAGGCUGUGCACAGCACAGAAUGUGGAGGCAGACUGAAGGCUGAAGUGCAGACCAAAGAGCUCUACUCUCAUGCCCAGUUUGGGGACAACAACUACCCGAGCCAGGCCCACUGUGACUGGGUGAUAGUCGCGGAAGACGGUUAUGGCGUGGAGCUGGUAUUCCGGACCUUUGAAGUGGAGGAGGAAGCUGACUGUGGCUAUGACUACUUGGAGGCCUAUGAUGGGUACGACAGCUCAGCACCCAGGCUUGGCCGCUUCUGUGGCUCAGGGCCGUUAGAGGAAAUCUACUCUGCAGGAGACUCACUGAUGAUUCACUUCCACACGGACGACACCAUCAACAAGAAAGGCUUUCACGCCCGAUACACCAGCACCAAGUUCCAAGAUGCCUUGCACAUGAGGAAGUAGCACCUCAGUUCUGGAGAGACGGGGAGACUAAGGAUGUUUUAAACACUCGCGAAUGAGCAGCCCUCAGUGUACAGUACUUUUCUUCACUACGAAAACUCACACUACAAUCUUGAAACUGUCUAUCUGGAUGACAGUACAUGCCUCUGGCCAAUGCGGGGGAGGAAGAGGGGCCCAUUGGUUCCGUUGGUUCUGGCUGUGGCGCUAUCAAUUCCAGCUUUUGGAGGAGGGCGAAGUUUGGAGUUAGGGAUCCACAAGACGGGACUCUUCACAUUUGUUUUCAAGCUUUGCUCCUAUGGGGCAAAAGGCCAGCCUGGGGCAAAGGGCCAGCCUGAGGCAAAAGGCUGCCUCUUUCUCAACUGCAGACUGGCUUCCCUAGGUGACAUGAGCUCGCGCUGGUGACUUGGCUGCCUUCUGACAGUACUGGGCAUGGAGGAUUAAAGCUUGGCAAGGGCUACGUCGGUACCUACAGGAGUUGCUGAACACUUUUAUGAAGCUCUAUCAGAGUCAGACAAUCAGGAAACCUGAGAAUGUGGACACAAGAGUUAAGUAGCAUCCCAGGGCACAGAGAGGAGGCUCAACCUGGGAACCACCUAAUGGCGUUGGAAGACCUUGAGCAUUUUCCUCUGUCACUGCCUGUCCUUAUCUCCUCGGGGGCACCCCUUAUCAUCAGCCCCCAUUCAGAAAGGAGAAUUCACGGUUGGCCCUAGGAGGACACUCGCCAGUUAGCCCCUCCAGGUUGCUGAGAUGGCACAUGGCUUUGCCCAGUACUCCUCCUCUCAGAGGCUUAGAAGAUGUCACCCGUGAUGGGGUUCCCACUGGCUUCCAGGACCUCCAUCUGUGAAGGUGCCUGGUCUAGGGAGCCUCAGCCCCUGGACGGCCAGUUCAAACAGCAUCUGUGAGACGGAGACGCGCCAAGUCACCUCAGGACCAAUCCAGGUCUCACUACGAGAAAACUAGUAAUUCCAUGUUACGUGAGAGCCAUCACCUCUGGAACAAGUCGGUCUUGUGGCACACAUGGAACCAGGCAGGUUAGAGUGCAUUGGUAACCCUGCUGGGGUUAACUGGGACCCAGCCAUCCACUUGCACUCGGAACUCUCAACACCCUGGCACUUGCUCUAGAGAAGUGUUGAGGGUGACGUUUACAUAACUUGAGCACCUCAAGGUAUAACUGAAACAGUGAGGUAGUUUUGAAUGGCAUUUCAUUAAGGCAUCUCUGGGCAUUAUGAGCUAAACGCUGUGGUAUGUUAGCUUUCUAAGAGCAUGUAUGUCGGAGAACUUUUAAAACAAUGUUUACACAACCGCAGGUCCUGUUGGGUUGGUGGUGAACCCAGGGAGGCACAGGAGACUGUUACAGUUAGAGUAGCUUCCGAGCACCAGAAUCCUAUGGGAUGGACUGUCACUUUAAACCAAGCACGUGUGGGGGUUGGGGAUUUAGCUCAGUGGUAGAGCGCUUGCCUAGGAAGCGCAAGGCCCUGGGUUCGAACCCCAGCUCCGGAAAAAAAAAAAGAACCAAAAAAAAAAAAAAAAAAAAACCCAAAAACAAAACAACAACAGCAACAAAGAAAAAAACAAGCACGUGUGAAGGCUAAAGGUUCUACUUAAAAAAUAAAAAAACCGCAAUAUACCAAUCGCAGGAUGACGUCCGACUGGAAUGAGUGUUGGGAGCGAAAAAUAGAAUGAGACAAAAGGGAGAGAAAUGCAUGGGAGGUCUUUGUUCUUAAAACAGAAGCAAAUACAAGUAUUAUUAUUAUUAAUAUAUAUCUGUAUAUAUGUAUGUAUCUAUGUAUGUAUGUAAGGAUCAGCUAUCAACGCCUUAAUCAGGGCAUCGAGACAGUGCCAACCCACUGACUGUGGCUUAUCGUCAGACUCUGGUGCUGGCCCCACACCUUAUGCCGCUCCCUUCAAAACCGAGACCUCUUCUCUCUUCUCUGGGCUCUGAACUGAAAGGCUCAGCUUCCAUCCUGUCCUGAUUGCUGGCACACCCACUCGGAGAGCUUCAUGUGGCAAAAGAGACAGCUUGGGCCGUGGUUCUUAUCCCAUCAGCACACUGUGAUAGAUUCCACUUCUCUGGUGUGUGUGUGUGUGUGUGUGUGUGUGUGUGUGUGUGUGUGUAUGUGUGUGUGUGAGUGUGUGUGUGAGUGUGUGUGUGUGUGAGUGUGUGUGUGUGUGUGUGUGUGUGUGUGUGUGUGUGUGUGUGUGAUUAGCUUUUAUUUUUUGCCUCAUCUUGUCUGUCAAGGUCGGAAUGGAAACCAGGAGGCGUAAGGUAUCUGUCACCCAUCCCACUUUAUCUCCUCAGAGAUAAAGAAAAUUCUGUAUUUUUAACCCUUAGAAGUGUAAACAAGAUUGGCAAAUUCCAUGGAAAAUAGGACCUGGGGAGAGUCAGGGUUGGUUUCAGCAUUUGUCACCCUGGUAAAUAAUUCUUUUUAGUGUGAAUGUUUUCAGAAGCGCACAGCUUUAGUGGAGGCCAGCUUACAACAAUAGGGCUGUCAUGAAAGCUCUCAUUUAGGCCUGUGAGUGACAUAUUCCCAGAAGACAGGCUCCAAUUCAACAAGGGCUGUUAGAGGGCCCCUCCUCUGGAAGCCAACACCCACAGGGAUUGCACAUGACACAGGCCCUGCAAAAGAACUACAGACUGGCUUCCAUGAAUAGUCCACUCCACAGAAAGACCCAGGUGCCCACUCUGGUCCUUCCAAUUGCUUGGUGGCCUUUCUGAAAAUGUCCGAUGUGGCUGGAGAGAGGGGCUUGAGGAUAGCCCUUUGGCUUACCAUCCCUUUUCUAUGGGACCAGGCCUGGGGGUGUCAUGGAGCUCUAAGACCCAAGAACUGCCUCUGGGACAAGUGACGUAAGGAAGUAUUUGUAGCUUGGGACUCCAGGAUGAGCUAAUUCUAGUAUACUCCAAGUUAGCAGAAACUACACCCCAGGGUGGAAAACUUCUCCAAACAGCUGGAGCCAGGCCGUGUAUUGAUUCACUACUUUCUCUAAAAUAUCUUUCUCAGUAUUUCCCUCUCCACAGUCAUGGUUAACCAGCAAAUCUACAUAAGAAUGUGCUGUCAGUUUGGCCCCAUAGCUCUUCAGUGUCCUUGGUAUUGUUCAUGCAGUUUGGGAAGAGAUGGUCCCUUAACAUCUGCAGUCGUUUUUUAAAGUUUGCUUCACAGAUUGUGAUCGGCGUUCCAAUCAGAAAACCCCAAAUAUCUAAAAUGUCUCUCUUUUUUUAAAGUAGAAAAGUGUUAAUCUAUAAAUAUAAAGGUAUUUUUUAUUUCCAGUAACUUUACAUUUCAUGUAAAAAUGUCAGUUGGCAAGAACAUGGGGAGAUGGUAACUCUUGUUAAAAAUGAUGAUUUCAUUAAAGAAUGUGGAUUUAGUGCUGUG